AUGGCCUCUCAGAAAAUUGGUAUGCCAUACUUGCCAGCCUCUAGCAUGUCUGUCCAGCAAGCCAGACUAACGGCCUUAGCUAUCUUAUCUGUCUAUGACAAAACAGGUCUCCUUGACCUGGCAAAAGGCCUCAUCAAGAACGAUGUUCGCCUUUUGGCUUCCGGCGGCACAGCCAAGUUGAUUCGAGAAGCAGGGUUCCCUGUCGAGGACGUAUCUGCGAUCACCAAUGCACCUGAGAUGCUUUCAGGUCGAGUCAAGACCCUUCACCCUGCUGUCCAUGCAGGUAUCUUGGCUCGAGACCUUGCUUCCGACGAAAAGGACCUCGCAGACCAAAACAUUAACAAGGUCGACUUCGUCGUCUGCAAUCUCUAUCCAUUCAAGGACACUGUUACUAAAAUCAACGUCACCAUCCCCGAGGCGGUCGAGGAGAUCGACAUCGGGGGCGUGACCCUAAUCAGAGCUGCAGCCAAGAACCACACCCGAGUGACGAUACUCAGCGAUCCGGCAGACUACCCCAACUUCUUGCAAGAACUCGACACGGGAGACAUCACGACAGAAACCCGUCAGCAGUAUGCCCUCAAGGCUUUUGAGCACACGGCCGAUUACGAUACCGCUAUCUCCGACUUUUUCCGCAAGCAGUACGCUUCUAAUGGCGUUCAACAGUUGUCGCUUCGCUAUGGUGCCAACCCCCACCAGAAACCUGCGGCUGCGUUCGUACGCAACGGACAUCUGCCUUUCAAAGUGUUAGGGGGAUCUCCCGGCUACAUCAACCUUCUAGACUGCCUGAAUGCCUGGCCCCUUGUGAAAGAGCUCAAACAGGCCCUGGGCUUCCCCGCAGCUGCGAGUUUCAAACAUGUGUCUCCAGCCGGAGCUGCUAUCGGUGUCCCUCUCAAUGAGAAGGAACGCAGAGUCUACAUGGUAGACGACAUCGAGGGUAUCGAGUCUUCAGGACUCGCCCAAGCAUAUGCUCGUGCCCGAGGUGCAGACCGAAUGUCUAGCUUUGGCGAUGUCAUAGCUCUUUCCGAUAAGUGUGAUGUCCCGACGGCGAAGAUCAUUUCUCGAGAAGUUUCCGACGGCGUGAUCGCGCCGGAGUAUGAGCCUGCUGCCCUAGAAAUCCUCAAGAAGAAGAAGGGGGGCAAGUAUCUCGUCCUUCAGAUGGACGACACCUAUGAGCCUCCGGCUCAGGAAAUACGGACUGUGUAUGGCGUCCAGCUUACACAGGGACGCAAUGACGUCAAAAUCUCCCCUAACGAGACAUUUAGAUCUGUCAUCCGCCCGAAGAAUGGCCCCAAACUAUCAGACUCUGCCCUCCGAGAUCUCACAGUUGCCACCAUUGCUGUCAAAUACACACAAUCAAACUCGGUUUGCUAUGCUUUAAAUGGUCAAGUCAUUGGGCUUGGUGCUGGCCAGCAGAGUCGAAUUCACUGUACGCGAUUGGCCGGAGACAAGGCAGAUAAUUGGUGGAUGCGCUUCCAUGAGCGGACUUUGUCGAUACAGUGGGCCAAAGGCGUGAAACGGCCAGAGAAGUCCAACGCGAUCGACAUGCUGUGUUCAGGUCAAGUUCCACCGCAGAGUGAAUUCGAGACGAAAGACUACGAGCGCAACUUCGCAGAAGGAGCUGUGCCUAAGCCAUUCACUCCAGAAGAGCGAAGACAAUGGCUCGACAAGCUGGGCGAAGUCGCCGUCUCCAGCGACGCCUUUUUCCCUUUCGUAGACAACGUCUACAGAGCAGCGAGAUCUGGUGUCAAAUAUGUUGCGGCACCUCUCGGAAGCCAAAAUGAUUCUGCAGUGUUAGAUACGGCAGACAACCUGGGCAUUAGCUUUAUCGAGCAGUCGACACGGUUAUUCCAUCACUGA